GGCAAGUUGCCUUUGAACAACUCUCUGAAGAUCAACUGCCUCUCCAACUCAUUCCUUGCCCUGAAGCUGUUUCCUCUGGUUGUGUUGAGAGGUGAUGCCCAAGGUGCAUCUCUCUUCAAGGGCUGGAUCAUGAACAACUUUAUCCUCCUGGAAGAACAGCUCAUCAAGAAAUCCCAACAAAAGAGAAGAACUUCUCCUUCGAACUUUAAAGUUCGAUUCUUUGUUUUAACCAAAACCAGCCUGGCAUACUUUGAGGACCGUCAUGGGAAAAAGCGCACUUUGAAGGGCUCCAUUGAACUUUCCCGAAUCAAAUGUGUCGAGAUUGUGAAAAGUGACAUUAUCAUCCCAUGCCACUAUAAAUAUCCAUUUCAGGUUGUGCAUGACAACUACCUCCUGUAUGUGUUUGCUCCAGAUCGCGAAAGCCGGCAGCGCUGGGUGCUGGCCCUUAAAGAAGAAACCAGGAAUAACAACAGUUUGGUGCCCAAGUAUCAUCCUAAUUUCUGGAUGGAUGGGAGAUGGAGAUGCUGUGCUCAACUGGAGAAGCUUGCUGUGGGCUGUGCCCAGUAUGAUCCCACCAAGAAUGCUUCAAAGAAGCCUCUUCCUCCUACUCCUGAAGACAACAGGCAGUUACUUCGGGAACCUGAAGAAACCUUGGUCAUUGCCUUGUAUGACUACCAAACGAAUGAUCCACAGGAACUCAUGCUACAACGCAAUGAGGAGUACUACCUGCUGGACAGUUCCGAGAUUCACUGGUGGAGAGUUCAGGACAGGAAUGGGCAUGAAGGAUACGUACCAAGCAGUUAUCUGGUGGAAAAGUCUCCAAAUAACCUGGAAACCUACGAGUGGUACAAUAAGAGUAUCAGCCGAGACAAAGCUGAGAAACUUCUUUUGGACACAGGCAAAGAAGGAGCCUUCAUGGUACGAGAUUCCAGGACUCCAGGGACAUACACUGUGUCUGUUUUCACCAAGGCCAUCGUAAGUGAGAACAACCCCUGUAUAAAGCACUAUCACAUCAAAGAAACAAAUGACAACCCCAAGCGAUAUUACGUGGCUGAAAAGUACGUGUUUGAUUCCAUCCCUCUCCUCGUCAAUUAUCACCAACACAAUGGAGGAGGCCUAGUCACUAGACUCCGGUAUCCAGUUAGUUCCUGGAGGCAGAAAGCCCCGGUCACGGCAGGGCUGAGAUAUGGGAAAUGGGUGAUUGAUCCCUCAGAGCUCACUUUUGUGCAGGAGAUUGGUAGCGGGCAGUUUGGGUUGGUGCAUCUUGGCUACUGGCUCAACAGGGACAAGGUGGCCAUCAAAACCAUUCAGGAAGGAGCUAUGUCAGAAGAGGACUUCGUCGAGGAGGCUGAAGUCAUGAUGAAACUCUCUCACCCCAAGCUGGUCCAGCUCUAUGGAGUGUGCCUGGAGCAAGCCCCCAUCUGCCUGGUGUUUGAGUUCAUGGAACACGGCUGCCUGUCAGAUUACCUGCGCAGCCAGCGGGGGCUCUUUGCUGCAGAGACCCUGCUGGGCAUGUGCCUGGAUGUGUGUGAGGGCAUGGCCUACCUGGAAGAGGCUUGUGUCAUCCACAGAGACCUGGCUGCCCGGAAUUGUCUGGUUGGAGAAAACCAGGUCAUCAAGGUGUCCGACUUUGGGAUGACAAGGUUCGUCCUUGAUGACCAGUACACCAGUUCCUCAGGCACCAAAUUCCCAGUGAAGUGGGCGUCCCCGGAAGUCUUCUCUUUCAGUCGCUAUAGCAGCAAGUCGGAUGUGUGGUCAUUUGGUGUGCUGAUGUGGGAAGUCUUCAGUGAAGGCAAAAUCCCGUAUGAAAACCGAAGCAACUCAGAGGUGGUGGAAGACAUCACCACUGGAUUUCGGUUAUACAAGCCUCGACUGGCCUCCUCACAUAUCUACCAGAUCAUGAAUCAUUGCUGGAAAGAGAAACCAGAAGACCGGCCACCUUUCUCCAGACUCUUGAGUCAACUGGCUGAAAUUGCAGAACCAGGACUUUAA